AUGUUACGUGUAUUUUUGUGCUUUAUUUUCUCCAGCAAAUUCACCGUAGCAGAAGAAGUUUCACCGAAUAUGUCUUUUAUCAGUUUUGUGUUGUUUGGCUUCGUGUUGGUUCUCACAGAGCAUUUUGUUGCCUGUAACGUUCUUCGUGAAACAAUGUCGGAUGAAGUAGAGAAGAGAACUGUUGGUAUCCCGGUAAGUUGCUGUCACUUAAAGUCUAGAACUGGGAAAUAGUGUCAUCAUGCAGUGACAAUGCCGUGUAUUUCGUCUUAAUUCAGUUAAUGAUCUAAAACUCAUUGUUCCAACUAGGCCAAGUGUGUGUCUUCAUGGCGUGGGAUAUAAUACCUACUGAUUUGUAAUUGUAAGGAAGUUUACAGAUUUCAAACUAUAAACAUACUCUUGUUUAAAAUUGGUGCUCUACUGAUCGGACUUGUAUAAAGGCAUACAGCUAAUUCAAAACAGGUUGCCCUUCGAGACGUAAACCUUUAAAGUGCCUAUAUCAUGGUUUUGGAGUUUGCAUAUCUCGAAAGCUUAGGGUAUUUUAAAAAGACACUUUGCAAUAUAUUUUUUUAUUGAAAAAUUUCAUCCUGAUGGAUUUAUUAGCUAAUAAAUCCAUCAGGAUGAAAUUUUUUAAUUUCUUAAAGUUACCGGACAUAACGUCAAAAGGACAAUUUUGUUGCAAUGAUACAAAGUGCCUUAAAAUGCCCUAAACCUUCGAGAUAUGCAAACUCCAAAACCAUGAUAUAGGCACUUUAAAGAUGCUGUAAAGUCCGUAACGUAAACAAACAUUUUGUUUACAUUUUGAACUGCUAUAUUUGUAAAAUAUGAUAUUAACCGCUGAAUAUCUAACAUGCACGUUUGUGGUUCGCUAUGCUUGUAAAUGAAUAUAAACUCUACGUUUCAAUUCAAAAAAGUUAGAAAGAUGCAUGCAAAAUUUGGGCAAUGUUUAUAUCUGUAGGUCCUCUUUUGUCAUGAGCAGAACUGAUGCGCAGAACGGUUAACCGACUUUACAGCACCUUUAACCGAAACUAACUCUACGCGCAAUAGUUAAUCCAUCCAGACCAUAGUUGAUAUUGGCUGUAUCGGCACGCGGUAUUUUGACAUUUAAAGCCUGUUUUCCACUAGGCGGAUUUUGCGCGCGGAGCGGAAUUUUUCUUUGUCUUUUCUAACUAUUAGUUCCACCCGAGAAAUCACAAGACAAAGAAAAAUUCCGCUCCGCGCGCAAAGUUCCGCCUAGUGGAAAACAGGCUUAACUCUGACAGUCAGUAUUCCGAAUCAAUGCAUAGACCAACCUCUUUCCCAGGCUCUUCCCUGAGGGAGGAGCCUGGGAACGAGGUUGUGUAUAGACAAUCUCCUUCCCAGAGUAUGCCUGUUCGCGGGCUAGGUAGUUUCAUGCCACUUCCUAAUCCGCGAACAGGCAUACUCUGGGUACGAGAUUGAUGUAUAGAGAGCUUUUUGUACCUAGUCAUGUUUUUGACAACACGUACCGUCAUCAGUAGAUCAAUUGAGCCUCUAAUAGAUGGCGAGUAAUAAAGACAGCCGUUCAUGUUUGUAAUCCCGUAGACACGAACGUGAAACUUCAUUGACUGCCGUUCUUGAUUUCAAUCAAGACCUGGCUGCUGACGGCAUCACUCGCCAUCUGUAAUGUUUCAGCAAAGAUUAGAUAGGAUAAAGAUGUGCCACUCCGCGAAAAUUAUGCCCGAGAUUUUUUUAUAGCCGCCAUUUUGCCAGUAAGUGUCAAAUCCAACGCCAUCAUUCUCUAAAUAGUAAAAUCCAACGUCAUCAGUCUCGCCGCCAUUUUGGCAGUAAGUGAAAAUUACGGACACGAAAACAUUAGGGAAAUACGUCGAGUGGCACAUCUUUAUCGUAUCUAAUCUUUGGUUUAAGGUUUAAGCUUUAGUUUAGAGUCUCAAAUAACAACUUUUCGCGAUCUGAAUUAGGUGCACAUAGCUUAUUUAUGAAUUGCAAAAAUUAGUAUAGUAUAGGUGCAUGCCUAUAUGUCAACAGAUCUUGGUGAUUGUCUGCUUGUCUGUAUAUUCGUACAGGUUACGUAGUUCUGCGUGACAUCUUUCUUACAAAUUAUGACAAUACUUGUACCACAGAAUACCACACAGAAGGCCAUCUCCAUUGUUUUUUGCGUAAACGCUAUUCGCCAUAUUAAUUAUAAAUAACACUAGAGGGUUAUUUAUAAUAUCUGUGCUAUUCGCCAUGAUUCCCUAAACAGAAGUAGUCACCCCCCUGGAAAUAUUCAAAAUGGCGCUGAGUGGGAGAAAGCCAUGCCAUUUCCUGUUGGUGAUUACUUCUGUUUAGGUCGUACUUGCUGAGUGACAAAUCAUGAAGAAUAGCGCUUACGAAAAAACAAUGGAGAUGGCCUUCUGUGUAGUAUUCCGUGCUUGUACUUUGGUAUUUAUUGAAAUGACACGUGUCAAAUAAUUCACUUUUCGUUUAGAAAGGAGGUUUGACGGUUAAUAUCGGACACGGGUUGCGUGACUUGAUCGUCAAUGGAAAAAGUGUUGGUAUCCAGGGAAAGGUUUGUGAAGAUUUAUUUACUUACCACACAAUUUCAUAUAGGAAAGAAAAGCACUGAAUCCAUGUAAUAAAUUUACGUGGUGUUUCCACAAACAAAACUAUUAUAUUUUAUCGCCAUGCAAACAUACAAAGAACUUAUUCAAACUAGUCAUCAUCAUUUCUUUAAACAUAUAAAUAUGAAACGUAUUAAUGCAACAUUUGUGGGACUAAUGGGCAUUGCCCAAGGACAAAUUGAUUGAAUUUUAGUUAAAUUUGGAUGAAAUUUGGUUAAGAGCGAGGUUAGCAACUGUUGUUUUGAUUUGCCAGGCAGAGUUAAAACUGCUGCCUGUAAUUAGCAUAUUGUACAAUUUGUGCAUGAUACAUAACUUAAUAGUUAAUUCACUGGCGGUAUGUGCAAGCGUACCUUAUUUUCUAGAGACUUUCGGGAGACCCUCAAUUAUCUAUUGCCGACUAAGCUAAUUCCAAUAAUGGACAGGUUGGGAUAUUAGUUCACAACCUAUAAACUGUGAACCUAGAAAAAACAGAUAACUAAUUAGUUGAUCAGUCAAUCGAUUAUGGACUGAUGCAGAAUUUUGUAAUUUUUAUUUCAGACUGUAGUUGCUUUCCAAGCAACGCUGACAACAGGUAGAAUUGGACCUAACUACGCCAGCGGGGCCAUUAAAUUUAACGCCGUUACUCUGAACAUUGGAAACGGUUAUAACCCAAGCACUGGCAAAUUUACUGCACCUAUUGCAGGUUUAUACCAGUUUACUGUCACGUACCUUCAGCAAAAUGGAUACAGCUCUUACGUUAGGUUGAUAAAAGGAAGUAGUGUUCUCGGUGAUAUGCAUGCAAACCACAAAAACUAUGAUCUGCUAACGAAAACCAUUCUUGUGAAUCUGACAAAGGGCCAAACAUUCUGGGCUAAGUUGGAGAGAAGUAGUAGCUACGCUGUAUAUGGAGCGGGACGAUAUACUCAAUUUGGUGGAUUCCUUCUUUCAGCCGGCAAUUAUUAAUAAAACUUUACCACGCAAAAUAUGCCUCACUCAGUUCACAAAAUACGUAAUCCUUAAUUAAAUUCUAGAACACCAGUAGUGGCAUAAAGGACAAUCGCGUCUAACUAAAUGUACUAAAUAUAGGACGAGUGCCGGUUAGCUAGUAGUUGUAUUGCUUCAGCCUUUAUUUUCAAAAUAUUAAAUAAAGCU